AUGUCCAAAGUCGUUCGCAGUGUCAAGAACGUCACAAAGGGAUACUCCUCAGUGCAGGUCAAAGUUCGCAAUGUCGUGAGCGCUGGUAACCCCGCGAUCAUGUCGCCUGCUCGUCGUGGGCCCCCUAGCCUCAUGCGCCAGGGGAACACCGAGUGGGAGGCCACGAGCAAUGACCCAUGGGGCCCGACGGGCACGGAAAUGUCCGAGAUUGCCGCCAUGACCUUUGGAAGCCCCAAUGAGUUCUACGAGAUUAUGGACAUGCUCGACAAGCGCCUGAAUGACAAGGGAAAAAACUGGCGUCAUGUGCUCAAGUCAUUGAAGGUGCUUGAUUAUUGCUUGCACGAGGGAUCCGAGUUGGUGGUGACCUGGGCUCGGAAGAACGUCUACAUCAUCAAGACGCUACGUGAAUUCCAAUACGUCGAUGAAGAAAGUCGAGAUGUGGGUCAAAAUGUCCGCGUGGCUGCCAAGGAGCUCACAGCAUUGGUCCUGGACGAAGACCGACUGCGCAGUGAGCGGUCCGAUCGUAAGUUAUGGAAGACUCGUGUGAGUGGAUUGGAUGACGGAUACGGAGGCGGUAGUGGCGGCGACUCUGCGCGCCGGGAGCGCCGCCGACCGCGCCACGACGACGAAGAUGAUACCGAGUAUCGCUUGGCGAUCGAAGCCAGCAAGCACGAGGCCGAGGAAGAGCGCAAGCGACGCGCGCAGCAAGCCGGGAAUGAUGAUGACGAGGAUCUUCAAAAGGCAAUCAGAUUAAGUCGUGAAGAGGAAGAUUUGCGCAAGCGUGAAUUGGAGGAAAGUAACGCCCACUCGCUCUUUGAUGAGACUCCCGCCCAGGUGCAGCCCACUGGUUUCAACCAGGGCUAUCAGCAACAGAGCGCCGUCGACUGGUUCGGGAACCCGAUCAAUGCCCAGCAACCCAUGACCACGGGAUUCCUGAACAACCAAUACUCGCAGCCCACCGGCUUCCAGGGCCAGCCGACAGGCAUGGGCAAUCCUUACGCUACUGGAUUCCAGCAGCAGCAGCAGCAACAACAGCCAUCCGCCUUUGAUCAGAACCCGUAUGGACAGCCCCAAAUCAACUUCUUGCAACCCCAGGCUACGCUUCAGCCUCAACAGACCGCCUUCCAAACGAACAAUCCCUGGGGAACAAACGAUGUCUUUGGCCAACAGCAGCAGCAGCCGCAGCAGCAAUUCCCCCAGGAGAAUUACCUUUCGGCGGGGAGUAAGAACCCCUGGUCCAGCAAUCAGCCUGCUGAUGCAUUGAAGCCCAUGCCUACCGGAUCCAACAAUCCUUUUGCUCAGCGAACCCAGUCUCCCUUCGCUGCUCAGCAGUCCCGAACUGGUCCUCCAACUUUGAAUGCUUUGGCUGAAGACCGGGCCGCCUCGCAAUUCAACAACAACAAUAAUAUGUACAAUGGCAGCAACCAAUUCGCCCAGCAGCCCAGUCACCCCAAUCCCAUUGCCAAUUUCCAGGCUCCUCAGCCCCCCAAGAGCACCCCGCCUCAGCCUGCUGACCCUCACCAUGCGCGACUCAACGCACUGCUUUCAACCGGAGAGGGCCAGGAUACCUUUGGCAACACGGGGGACCUCCGAAUUCCCUCUCAGCAUACCGCUCCAGGAACCUUUGUCAACUCUGCCGGUCAAGGUCUCAACCGUCUCCAUGCCACUCAGACGGGGAACAACCCCUUCUUUGGCCAACAGUAUACGGGCAUGCCGCAACAGACUGGAUUCAUGCAACAGCAGCAGACUAACAACCCGUGGGCCAGUCAACAACGACCACAGCAGAACGGGGGUAGCCUGAUUGAUCUUUAA